GAGGCGCUGUCACCAUCUCUGCCCUGUGCCCUAUCGUUGCCAGCAUCAGCAGCAGGCAGUGACCGGACUGGCACUUUGUGCAGUAAACAACAUACCGCUGUGCCUGUGAGAGGUGGGCGAGCGGCGUCGCGAGCCUGCGCCGUCCCCGCUCUUUUGUUCCUCGCCGGCCACCAUUACUCUCAGUUCAGACGUCACAUCCUGCCCUAAACCAAGAUGAAAGUUUAGAGCGCGAAAUUAGAUUUUUGACAUCGGUAUACGGGUAUUGUGACUGUCUGGCUUUUGGGUACCGCGUCCCCGGCCCGGGCGUGCCCCACUAUGGACCCGGCCUCCUGCAUGAAGACCCUACUGCUCGCAGUGGCGCAGUACAAGAGCUGCAAGAACGAGGGCAAUGGGGCAGCGCUGCAACGGCAGCUGGAGGUUAUUUUUGGACUGAAGUUAAAUAAAUUAUUUGGAUCCCACCAAGUGUUACCUAGUGAGUGUCUGAGUAGUCUUGUGGAACUUAUUGAAGACCCAAACACCAGUCCUGCUGUCACUUUAAAGACGAUUAACCUGCUGUCUAGUUUAGCUGCUGAUGCUGAAACUAGAGCAACUCUUCAUGCUACAUACAAUGUUACCAAUGUUUUGGCUGGUGUGGUUCAUAGAUAUAGCUCUAUCCUCAAUGAUCCUGUUUUAUUACAGAGCAUUCAACUGCUGCAAAGAUUAACCUACAAUGUAAGAGUUUUGCAUGCAAGUGUCAAUAUUGAGGAAUUAAUUUCAUUCUUGAUGAACAGAAUUCAGUCACCUGAAGAUGAGCUUACCAUGCCAUGUCUUGGCCUUCUGGCAAAUCUGUGUCGGCAUAACCUUUCUGUUCAAACGCACAUAAAGUCUUUGAACAAAGUUAAAGGGUUCUAUCGCACAUUAAUCAGUUUCUUGGCACACAGCAGUUUGACUGUGGUGGUGUUCGCCCUCUCUGUAUUAGCAAGUCUAACGUUAAAUGAAGAAGUUGGUGAAAAGAUUUUUCAUUCCAGGAAUAUCCAUCAGACGUUUCAGUUAAUAUUCAAUAUUCUUGUAAAUGGAGAUGGGACAUUAACAAGAAAGUAUUCUGUUGACCUCCUUAUGGACGUAUUAAAGAAUCCAAAAAUUGCUGACUAUCUUACGAGAUAUGAGCAUUUUAAUUCAUGUCUUAUUCAAGUGCUUGGACUUCUACAUGGCAAGGAUCCUGACUCUGCUUUCAAGGUGUUAGAAUUGUUGCUGGCUUUCUGUUUUGUCCCCAGCUUACGGCACAUUCUACGACAAACUAUUUUGGAGCAAUCUGGUAUUCCUGGAACAGGGAAUGGCAGAGUGGGGCCGCGCACAAAGUCUUCAGAACCAGUUGUGGCACUUGUUCAUUGGUCAAGCCAUGCGCUGGAAGCCCCUCAGAACUGUGCAGUACUGGCGUUGGAGCUCUUCAAGGAAGUGUUUGCUGAUGCCAUUGACACAGGUACCAGCCAGUCAGCAGAACGCUUUAUUGACCUUCUGAUGCCAGUUAUUCUUGAGCAACUUCUUGUUCCUGAUCAGUCUUUGGAUGAAUUAUUAACAAAGAAGAAAUGUGAAAGAAUAGGAAAAGCAAUGGAUGUAUUGAUCACGCUUUGUGGUGAUGACUCAUUAAAGUCACGCAUUGCUAGGAAGCUUGCUGUCAACAGAUGUGUUGCUCUUGUGGAUUAUCAGUUCACAUUCAGUGGAGUAGAAUCUGGCUUUGGCACCAAAAUGGUGGAUUCAGAACUGUUCAAUGUUUCCGCAGAUGUGAUUUUGAAGACUUUGGAUCUCAUGAGCAGACUAAAGCAGUUGGUAACAAAUAUGGAAGCUGCUUUCUAUAAGAUUUUGCAGGACCAACGGUUGAUCACACCACUGUCUUUUGCAAUAGCUUCUGAUAAUAGAGAGAGAGUUCAAGCUGGCCUUCGAAUACUAUUUGAAGCUGCACCAUUACCAGACUUCCCUGCACUUGUGCUUGGCGAGAGUAUUGCUGCCCAUAAUGCAUACAUACACCAAGAAAAUGAUCAUCCAUCAAAAAGAUUUGCAAUGCAAGUUAUUACAAACAACUGUAAAUCGCCACAGACCUCCAAAAUGCAACAUGUAGAUGUAUCUUCAAAUAUCCAGGAUCUCAUACAAAAGCUACAGUCGGGGAUGGAGUUCAAAGACCAAGUGAAUGAUGUGAGGAUUUCCGAUAUCAUGGAUGUUUAUGAACAAAAGUUAUCUGCGCUUGCUUCCAAAGAAAGUCGGCUGCAGGAUUUAUUGGAAGCAAAGGCUUUGGCCCUUGCUCAGGCAGACAGACUGAUUGCACAGUACCGUUGUCAGAGAGCACAAGCUGAGGCAGAGGCGCGGAAGCUUGCUACAAUGUUAAAGGAGGCAGAGAGAAAGAACGAGGAGCUGGGCAUACUUCUGACGUCUCAGCAGCUGGAGUCAGAACGAGCGAAGAGUGACAUUGAGCAGUUAUUCCAGCACAGUAAGAAGCUGCAGGCAGUUGCUGAUGAGCAUGAAACGCUAAAGGUCUCCUACGCUGACCACCUAAUGAAAUAUGAAGUCUGUGAAAAGCAGUACAAGGAGCUACAAGGAUCCUAUAAUUUGUUAAAUAAGCAAGCUGAAACCAUGAAAAAACUAAAUGACUCUCUAAAGAUCCAGAAUGAAAAAACUCUGGCACAGCUCGAGGACAUUGAAAACCAAAGAAAAGACUUAGCAAAGCAUCUUCAGGAUAGGGAGAGCAAAAUACUGACCUUCCAACAGAAGGUCAAGGGCCUAGAGGACAAGGUUAAAUCUAAACAAAAGGAAAAAGAAGAUAUGGAAGAAUCUAUUGACAUCCUUCGUAAAGAAUUAAGUAAAACUGAACAAGCAAGGAAGGAACUAAGCAUUAGGGCAUCUUCACUAGAAGUUCAAAAGACUCAGUUAGAAGCACGUUUGGAAGAAAAGGAGGCAAUUGUUAAAUCCCAACAAGAAGAAUUGAGCAAGCACUCACAUAUGAUUGCUAUGAUUCACAGCCUGAGUAGUGGCAAACCGAAUACCGGAAAUGUGAACCUCAGUCUUUAGAAACAUGGAUGCUUGUAUGCAGCAUUUCUGUUGAGGCUGUUUUUGUGCUGUAGACUUGUUUUGGGAAAGAACAUCACGAGGACGAUUAAUCAUGCUUCACAAUAUAACGAAGUAACCUUUUAAAAUGCAAUACUUUUGUACAAAGCUUUCUUUUUAAUAUUUUAUGAGUCAUGAUGUUUAAUUCCUGUUGCUCUAUACAACAUAUCCAUUCCAGGUAGGAGCAGAAGCUACUAUUUUUCUUUUCUUUUUUUUUUUCUUCCCUUUCUCUUCUUUAAUUCUAAUGUAGUAUAACAUGUUUUGGAGCAAAUUCUUACCAAACCUGUUUGGGGUUUAUAUGGUAUCUGCAGCAGGAUUAAAUCAUGCAGACUACCAUAUUAAAGAGAAGUCUGAACAUAUAAAUAUGUAAUCCAAUUUCUAAAAAAUGGUGGUGCACAUGUAAAUUGUAUAUUUUGCUGGUUUACAUGGAUUAUUCCCACAGUACUGCUACUUUAGCAAUUUCCUACUCUAUCUCGUUUAGAUUUUAUACUUAUAUUAAGUUUCUCUACCAAUCAGAGUGUCCUACUCAGUGGGAACUUUGUCCUUUUUGUAUUUGUGAACUGCAUGUAUUUACUUGUGCAGUGUGCGCCACCAUUUUUUAGACCUCAGAUUACAUAUUUAUAUGGUUAGACUUCUCUGAAGUAUGGAUGUGUGCAUAAAUUGAUCCUAUUGCAGAUACCAUAUAAAUCUCUGCCAAACCAGUUGUCAUGGUCAUCUCUGCCAUACUAGUCCUAACUGCACUUUUAUCAGACGUACAUAAUUGUAUUUUAGCCAUAUUUAUUUUAGUAUAUUUAUGUACACAAUAUGUAAUAGGUGUCUCACAGAAUACAAUACUGUUUUUUUUGUCUUGAAAACUUUGAUAUGAAUUCUUAACGCACAGUGUCUUGCUCUAAUAAGUACAGGUGUGUUUUCAAAGGUGGUUCCAAAAGGAUCAUUGAUCAUCAGUGGAAAAUGCAUUGACAUUUCAUCUAGAUCCAUGCUAUAUGUGUUGAAUAUAGUCUAUUAUGUAACUGAAUUGACAUGGUUUAACUAAUGGGUCAGUUAUUAUAUGUUUGAGUCCACUCUAUUCAAAAUGCACUGGUGCUUAUCUAAACUAACCCUAAAGUAUUGUCCAUUUAAUUAUAAAAUAAACACUAGUUUACGCACAGAGAAUCUGAGUUUUUGUAAGAAUAUUCGACUUGUGCAUAUAUAUAUUUACAAAUGUUAACUAUGAAGGUUACUGUUCGUUUUGUAUCUGUCUUUGAAAAUAUUAAAAUCCUAAAUAUGUA